AUGGAUAACAAUUCCCACAAUGGGAAGGCUCUCGAUUCUGGAUCAGGUGAGGGUUUAUAAAAUGAAAGUUUUUGAUUUUUAGGUAACAUUCAGAAGACUUUUUGAGGUUUAGGUAAAAGUCUGAAGACUUGUGGUGUUUAGGUAACAUUUUGAGGAACUGUGAUGUUUAGACAACAUUCUGAAGAUCUUUUUGAUGUUUAGCCAACAUUCUGAAUGAGUCUUGAGGUUUAGGUAACAUUCUGAAUUCUUUUGAUGUUUAGUUAACAUUUUGAAGGGCUUUUUGAUGUUUAGGUACCAUUCUGAAUGAGACUUGAGGUUUAGAUAAAAUUCUGUAGCUCUUUUUGAAGUUUAGGUAAUAUUCUUAAGCUUUUUUGAUGUUUAGGUAACAUUCUGAAGGCCUUUCCGAUGUUUAGGUAAUAUUCUAAGGAAUUUUGAUGUUAAGAUAACAAAAUGAAGUCUUUUUGAUGUUCAGAUAACAGUUGUUACCUAAAAUAUCAAAAGUUUGUAUUUUUUGAAAAUUCAUUAAUUUCAUACCUAAAAUUCACUUAACAUCAAGAUUUUUAAACAAAAACAUGUUGUUAUAUACCUAAAAUCAAGAUGUUCAAGCAAAAAAUAUUAUUUUAUACCUAAAAUCCUCAAAUUUUCAGACAAAAGUUCAUCGGACAAUGAUAUGACCUCAACGUUACGUUCGAAAGCCCUCAGUCAUUUCAAAGUAGAGUCGGUCGACGAAGGUAGUCUGAGUCUAGAGAGCCAGGACAGAGACAGUCUACAAGAAGUGGAAGAGAUCGAAGAGAUGGACGGUGAAGAGAGGGAUCAAGUCGAACAUGAACUCACUACCAAUAGUAACUACAACACCAAGACUAGUAAUUCUAGGGUAGGUUACGGGUGUUGUGGUUUAGGCUAGGACUCUGGGCUAGGGCUCUGGGUAGGGCUUAGACUAGGUUUUGGGCUCGGACUUUGGCUAGAGCUAACUACCGUAUUCUACUAAAGGGGGGGGGGCUAAAAUUACAGUAGUAAUAGUGGGUUAAAGUUGUUACUUUUUGAAUUUUCAGCCCAAGUUUUCAAUAAACGUUGAAGACGAGAAUGGAGAUACUGUAACAACAUUAAAUAGGUAUGUCUUUUUAAUUUAAAAUGGCAAGAACUUUCUUUACAAAACAUAAAACGACAGCUUUAUAAUGAAAAACAUGAUUCAUCGUAUGAACUUGCACACGCAGGCUGCACAAUUAAAAUGAUUUUUUUGAAAAUGACAAGAACUUUCUUUCCGAACUAAAAAAUGGCAAAGAUUUUUUUUACAAAUCACACAAAAUGGCAAGAACUUCCUUUAAAAAACUUAAAAUGGCAGGAACUUUCUUUACAGGCCAUAAAAUGGCAAGAACUUUCUUUACAAACCAAAAAUUAGCAAAAACUUUCUUUACAACCCACUAUAAUGUAAUCAUUUUCAGUAUUGGCAACAAUAAUACUAUGGAUCGACCACCUCACAUCGACCACUACCGAAUGACAGUCCAAGCCCUCAAGAAUCGACCGUCAAUGUUACAGUUAAUGCAUACCAAGCCAUCGGUCGGUCGACGACUAAAUGAAGAAACCUCCUCGAAUUGCCAAUCUUACCGGUCGGAGCGUGAUCUGGAGACCUUUCAACCGUCGGAGAACGUGAAGAAGGAGCAGAAAAAGAAGCUGGGCGCCUUCGAAGGCGUCUACAUACCAUCAUUCACCAACAUCGUAGGCACCUUGCUCUACAUUCGUAUGGGCUGGGUCACCGGCAAAGCGGGCAUAGUCGGCGGACUGGGCAUUGUCACCUUCUCAACGUUUGUCAUAUCAAUUACCGCCCUAUCACUGGCCGGAAUAUGCUCGAAUGGUCAGCAGAGGAAGGGUGGGGUCUACUAUGUGGUCUCGAGGUAGGUGGUUUUUGAGAGCUAUUUCUUUGCUUAAUUAGCUAGGAUAGGGAGGGGGGGGGGUAGUCAUGAGGAACGGGCAGGGGCUGUGAGGUAGGUCGACCCGGUCUAAAUUUGGGCUAAGGCCGGCUCCGAUGGUAGGCACGGCCCGUUCCGUUGUCUGGGGGCGGGAACUUUCUUUACAUAUUAAAAACACGAUUUGUUGUAUAAAAUGGCACGCGCAGGCUCAGAGCGUAAAUUUAGAUUUUGUAAAUAAAAAUCGCAAGAAACUUCUUUACAAGGCUAAAAAUGGCAAAAACUUUUUUUACAAAGCUUAGAAUGGCAAACACUUUAUUUACAAGUUUUAAAAUGGCAAGAACUUUCUUUACAGAUAGUAUAAAAUAAAAAGUUAAAAAUUUAAAAAUUAGUGGCCUAUUAAUUUAGAGCUUUAGGACCGCAGUUCGGCGGAGUGAUUGGAGUCAUUUUCUCGUUGGCCAAUGUUGGAAUGGCAGCGCUUUAUAUUGUGGGUAACUCCGAAUUCAUAGUGGACUUGAUGAUUGACAACCAAUACGAGUUGGUCACCGGAGACAAGUACAAUGAUAUUCGACUGUUUUCUGUCGGUGAGUACAAAUGUUUUAUUUAAAGUUUAAAAAAUUUGAAAUUUUUUGAAAAAGAUUAUGUUUUGGCUGCGCAGCCUGCGGGUGAUAAGUUAUGGUAUGGUUUGUUUAGAGGUAGGGUAUUGUAGAGAAAGUUGUUGUAAGGUAGGGCAUAUAGUAAAAUUAGUUAAAGGAUGGUAGGGCGGGUGAGGGUAGGGCAGGGCAAAUCGGUACAGGACAGGGUAGGGCGGCGAGUUAAAAAUACUGUCAUUUUUGGUAGGGCUACUGUAAGAAAGAUAGAGUUUUUUGUAUAUUACAGUAGCGUAGCUCAUACUGUAUUGUGGGAUAAGAUUGGGCUUACUGUAGAACAGAUAUGACAAUUUUGUGAACUGUAAAGAAAGUUUUUGACAUUUUACAAUUUGUAAAGAAAGUUCUUGCUAUUUUACGCUUUGUAAAGAAAGUUUUUGCUAUUUUAACUUCUGUAAAGAAAGUUUCACUUUAUACUCUGUAAACAAACUUUUUUCUAUUUUCAGUGCUCUGCAUAGUCUUGAUGUUGAUAGCCUUUGCCGGCCCAAAGGUCGAGAAUGGGUUUACCUUGAUCUUCUUCUCUACCUACUACAUUUCCUAUUUCAACUGGCUGAUCGGCACCUUCCUACCUCCAGAUGAUGAACAACAACGUCGUGGAGUUACGGGCUACAGUUGGAUCACCUUUGAAAUGAACUUACUACCCGAAGAGAACACCAGCUGGUCUACUAUAAUAUCCACGUUUACCGUGUUCUUCCCUGGCUUCACUGGUAUGUUGGCAGCUUGCAUGUACGUGGACGAAUUGCGCAACCCAGGUCGUGACGUGCCAGCCGGACUGUUCUCGUGCAUUGUGAGCACGUUCGUGAUGUAUGUGGCGGCAGUGAUAGCGUGUGGAGCGAGUGUGUUAAGACACUCGACUGGAGUGGACUUGCCGGUCAUUGAUAACAGCACGGGGUACUGGUUGAUACCUAAUUGCUCGAUUACUACUUGUGAUUCUGGACUGAAUCAUGAUCAUCAGGUAAAUAGUUUUUGAGGUUGGGAGGGGUGUUUUUUCGACUUUAGAUGCGUUUUUGGGGUGGAAAGGGUGUAUUUGGGUAGGAGUUGCUUUUGUUUUGGGAGGUGUAACUUUCAGAUUGAAGAGUGGUUGUUUGUGGAUAUGGGCAGGGUAUUUUAAGUUAAGCGUUAUUCUUUCGGUUAGGGUGUUUUUAUUGCGCUAAUUUUUUUAAAAGCAUGAAAUGGCAAGAACUUUCUUUAAAAAAAAUAAAAUGGCAAAAACUUUCUUUACAAGACAUUAAACGGCAAUAACUUUCUUUACAGAACAUAAAAUGGCAAGAAAUUUUUUUACAAGGCAUAGAAUGGCAAGGAUGUUCUUUACAAAGCUUAAAUUGCAAGAACUUUUUUUACAAAACUUAAAAUGGCAAGAACUUUCCUUACAGAAUUUAAAAUGGCAAAAACUUUCUUUACAGUAUUUAUUACGACAAUAGCUUUGUUAUUUUAGGUAUUAAAACCUUAUUUUAGGUAGCAAAGCUGACCUCAGCAUGGCCGCCACUAAUCGUGAUAGGAAUGUUUGGAAUGACAAUCUCUUCCACAAUGACAAACCUCGAUCAAGGUCCAAUCACUUUCCACGCCGCCUGCACGGAUCGUAUCUUUCCGUACACAAAGUACUUCGCUGCAGACAUCAAGCGACCUUAUGUUAUGUUAGCCACGCUCACAGCCCUAUUGACACUGAUCGGCGACCUGGACCUGAUCGAUGAGAUCGUGACCGCAAUGUUUAUGGCUAUCUAUGUUGUGGUGAACUAUGCCUGUUUCGAUGCAUCGUUUGCGCGGACGCCCGGCUGGCGACCAAUGUUCCCCUACUACAAUAUGUGGGUAUCGCUGUUCGGUGCCAUUUUAUGUAUUGGGGUCAUGUUUAUUGUGUCGAUUGUGUCAAGUAUUGUGAUUGUCAUCGUAUUUGCUUGUUGUUUGGGCUACUUUCACUAUUUUCAUCCAGGUAAGUGAGGUGGAAGGAAAGUUAUCGUGAUUUUAUUUUUUGUAAAGAAAGUUUUUUGCAUUUUUAAGCUUUGGAAAGAAAGUUCUUGCAAUUUAUGGCUUGUAAAUAAAGUCCUUGCAUUUUUUGGGCGUGGAAAGAAAGUUCAUGCUAUUUUAAGCUUUGUAAAGAAAGUUUUUGCAUUUUUAAGGCGUGGAAAGAAAGUUCUUGCCAUUUUAAGCUUUGUAAAGAAAGUUCUUGCCAUUUUAAGAUCUUUAAAGAAAGUUCUUGCUAUUUUAAGCUUUGUAAACAAAGUUAUUGCUAUUAUACAAAAAUGAUGACAUUCUUUUUCAGAGGUUAAUUGGGGUGACACAAACCAAGCCCAUAUGUACCGAAACGCCUUGACCAGCCUUCAGAAGUUGACUUACACAGAGAUUCAUGUCAAGAACUAUAGGCCUCAGAUAUUAUUAAUGAGCGGUAAUCCAGCCAGCCGUGUUGGACUACUCGACUUUGCUCAUGGCAUCACUAAAGGAGACUCGUUAUUGAUGUGUGUUCACAUCGUACCGGUAGGUGAAAAUAAAGUUUUUACUUUUUACAUUACAGUACCCUCAAAUAGAGCGUGUGUUCGAAAUCCUACGGUUAUUGGUCAGAGAGAUUGAAUGUUGGCUAAAAGAGUCUAGACUAAAGGCAUUUUAUCUAAAUUUGGCCAAUUUAAACCUUCGAACUGGAAUGCAAAACGUCUUUCAACUAGCUGGACUGGGCAAGUUGAAGCCGAAUGUACUCUUAAUCGGCUUCAAAUCAGAAUGGAAAAAUUUGGAAAAGAAGGAUGUUAAGGAGGUCAAUGAUUAUGUGGGGAUAUUGAGGUAGGUAUACCUACAUAUAAGGGUCUCUGGACGAAAAAUGAAAAAAAAUUUUUUUUAAAGAUGACAGAGCAAGUACCCUGCCUGCCCCGCUCAGCAUCAGCUCAAAAUUUUUGUAUGAAUUCUUUGUACCACCAAUAGUACCCAUAAAAAAUCUUAGCUCGCGCUUUUGAGUUUUAAAUUUGAAUUAUUUUGAUUUUUCGCCAAUUUGGCAUUGUGUUGCAAGCACUUUUUUCGACUUUCCAGUCAAGCUACGCUUAUAAAUUAAAAAAUGUAGGUUUAUUUAAAGGUAUUCUACUAGUAUAUUAAAAAAAUUACUAAAAGUCAAAAAAUGGCAAAGUUAUAAGCUUGAAACACAAUGCCAAUUUGGCGGGAAAUUCAAAACGUAAUUUUUGAUCUCGACUUUCAUGAGAUUGACUUUAAAGCAUGAUUUAGAACUUUUCUGAAUAUUUUCUAUUUACAUGAUCUUCCUAUAUAAAAAGUUUGAAGUCAAUCAGAGCGGCGCAGGUCGGGUACUUUCCUUGUGAUUUUUGAAAAUUUAAAAUUUUUUGAAACUUGAAAUUUUUUAAUUUUUUAACUUUUAAAAUCGUAUUUUAGAGACGCCUUCGAGAACAAUUAUGGCGUUGGAAUCCUACGCAACUGCGAAGACGGCUUUGAUCUCUCCGACGCUCUGUUAGCCAAUGACAUUGUUAACCCACAACAACUGCGGAGAGCCAUCGAAAGUCGAGUUCACAUUGAUGAAGAUCUCCUUACUCAAUCUAGUGGCCAAGUCUCGGAGCUUUUUGAACCUACUCACGUUGUUCAUAGACAUAUCAAUAGGAAACAUAACAUUAACAUACCUGGGAUCACAACGAAAGGACAAUGCCAUCAACAACAUGAGCAACAUAGCGAGGGAAAGGAGAAGAGAAGUAAGUGAAGAAGCUGUAGUUAUCCACCUACCCUACCCCUUACCAUUUACCCCUACUCCUUAUCCUCUUACCCUCUUACCCUCUACCCCCUACUCCGUAGCCUCUAAUAUACCGUAGCCUCUACCGUAAUAUAGCCCCGUUUAAGCUAGCAUUAACUAUUGUACCGUCCACUCUCCUCCCCUCUCUUGCUCUCCCCCCCCCCCUCCGCAUAUUAAUACUUGUUACCGUACUCUUGUCUGUAGUACCUGUUUAUCUUCAGAAUUCUUCUCCGACCGUUGGAUGUUCGCCCUGAACAAGAAGAUAGCCGACAGUACAGUAAACACCACCUCACAAUUCACAAACGCUUCAAAGAUACCAGUAUCCUUAUCAAUAGAUGACCUUCAGUCAAGAUCAACGAGGAGAAUCAGUGACAGUUUCGAGAUACCAGCCUUCAUGGAACAUUACCACGAGAAUAAGAGUAAGCAGAAGGUAUUGGCGAGCAAGAUGAACACCUUCCACAAGGCCAAACCCAACGCCAGAAUCGAUGUUUGGUGGCUGUAUGAUGAUGGUGGACUGACAUUGUUAUUGCCACAUCUACUCAGGUUACCCAAGAGCUAUUUGGAGGUAAGGUGGGGUUAAAGAGGAGGGAUUUGUGAGGGCACUGAAGGGAAAGGGUGUGUGGUAGGAUACAAAAGGUAAGGCGACGUAAAAAUGGUAUUUAUGAGGGUGGAGGAGGGUUGGGUGUGGCGUUGAUAAAAAAAUAGUUAGGGAAGGGUUAAAAUUUUAUUUGGGGGGGGGGGGGGGGGGUAAAAAUUUUGAGGGCAUGGAGGGUAACAUUUUAUUUUAUAUUGGGCAUUGUAAAAAAUGUUUCUGAGGGCAGGCGGGGGUAAAAAAUUUUUUUUUGAAAAUUGGCAGGGUGACCUUUUUUUAGGAUGGGCAUGGUUUAAAACGUUUUUGAGAUCGGACGGAAUAAAUGUUUUAUUUUUCAAUUUGGGCGGGGUAAAAAAAUUUGUUUCGGGGACUGACAGGAUAAACUUUGUUUUCUGAGGAUGGGCAUGGUUUAAAACUUUUUUUCAAAUUGGAACGGGUCAAAAAUUUAUUCUUGAGAUUGGGCGGGGUAAAAGUUUUAUUUUUUAAUUUGAACAAGGUAAAAAAAUUUUGAACCUGGGCGAGGUUAAAAAUCAUUUCUUCAGGUUAAGAGGGGUUAAAAAUCUAUUCAGAGGAAAGGCAGGGUGAAUAAAAACUGUUUUUAAGUAAGGCAGGGUAAAAAAUCACCACGCCAGUUAUUUUUCAAUAAUAGGCGCGUAGGGUUAUUCAAAUUCAAAAUGUAAUUUUAAGUUUUAAAAAUUUCAUUUCCAGGGUGCACAACUCCGUGUAAUCACGCUGAGUGGCAACGCGAACGCCGUGGACGAGAAGAGUAUGUUGACAUUGCUGGCCAAGUUCCGAAUCGAAUGUAAUUCAGUGAAAGUGCUCGAGAUUGCUCAUCAAAAGCUUCAUCCUGACAUUACGAGGAAGUUCAACGCUUUGGUCAAUAAAUGGAAAUACAAGCCGGAGGGUACCAAGUACAAUCGUGAUGGUACCAGAAGCUCCAAAAAGGAAAAAGCACCAUUUAACGUUGUUGGUGCUGAGAUUCAUGGUGGAAGUAUUGGCAUCAAUAAGCCGGGAUAUGGUGCGUAUGGUACUACUGGAGCAGAUAAUACUGGUGGUGCUGGAGCAUAUGGUACUACUACUACUGGAAUAGGUGGAUAUGGUACUGAAGCCAGAAAUAGUACUAGAGGGCCAAAGCAUGGUACUAGAGCAGGAACAGAUGGGACAAAAGUUGAUGGAAAUGGUACUGCAGGUGAUGGAAAUGGUACUGCAGGCAAUGUAAAUGGUACAGAAAAGCCUUUCAAAGUGCUUGACGCUCGAAUAAAUGCCGGCAAAGGUGGUACAGCUGGUCUAAAACAAGGUGAAGAGGCUUGGAAUGGACCAGAAGGACAAGCUACUGGUACCAGCUUCAAAAUAGGACCAUUUGAAGCAGAGGGAAGUAACACCGUACCAGCUGAAGGCAACAAAAAUUUGGUACCAGAUGAACCCAAUAACAAUACGGUACCAAUUGAAGGAAAAGACAUCAACAUUGUGGUACCAGACGAAGAUACAGGCCUAAUAUUCAAAAGUGAUAAGAACAAGGCCAGCUUGGACCAGAAUUUGAACAGCAUCAACUAUGGUACCAUGUCGAAUCAAACUGGUACAGAAUCGUUUUUUCACCCUUCAGCGGUGCCAUCUGGACCACAAAAUGUACCAAAGAGCCUACCCAGUACUACUGUACCAAAUAUACACAGUACCACCGUCCCAAAUAUACAUAGUACCAUGGAUCAAAACCUACCAUAUCCAGAAAAAAUGGACUCAAAUGCACCAACAGUACCACAAAGCACCAGUCCACCACCUCACGACGGCCUAAUCACUGAUCAAGAGCUGAAUACCCACAAGAGAAAGACCUACAGACAGCUGAUCACCCAUCAGCUGUUGAUCAAACACUCAUACGAUGCCUCGCUGAUCGUGGUAACUCUGCCCGUACCUCAGGAAAACAUUGGCAGUUGUUUGUACAUGGCAUGGCUGGACUUGAUGACCGCCGACCUACCCCCAACCUUGUUGGUAAGGGGUAAUCAGUCAUCGGUUCUUACUUUUUAUUCCUGA